AUGUGCAAACUUCCUGCUGAACACCACAGCACGCUACGACGUCGUGUCGCAUCCAUUCACCGCCCGCACACCCUUAUCUUCGCGCCCAACGCCCCUGCCAACAUGCCCAUGCACUCCAGCAACAUCCUAACAACCAUGGUAGAACCGGUGAGAAGGCAAGCCUUAGUCCAGAUCAGAAGGCUUGAAGUCACUGGUCGAGGGAGAAAAGGGCCCGAAAGGAUCAACUUUGAAGAAGCAUCAGGACCAAACUCGCUCAUUCUGAGGGGGCCCGACCCGACAGCGAGCCCGUUGGGAGACCACCAACCUGGAGAAGACAUCAGAGCUACGACCAGAAACCGAAAAUGGCCCAAAAUAGGUAGAGGUUUCAGUUCAAGACGACGACACAAAACCCGACACGAGAGAGGACUUCUCUGCGCGAGCGCCACUGGCCCUCUCCCGCUCACGGCCACGAUCGGAGACCGCGCUUUUCAAUUAGGCUUGUUUAUUCAGGUUCAACCCCAGAAUGUGGCGACGCCUGGGCCCAAUGGUGCGGCUGCCGGCCAGUUUGUGUCGACCUCGCUGUACGUAGGUGACCUGGAUAUCAACGUGACGGACUCCCAGCUCUACGAUCUUUUCAAUCAGGUUGGGCAGGUUGUCUCAGUUAGGGUUUGCCGUGACCUGAGCACUCGCCGCAGCCUUGGCUAUGGUUAUGUUAACUAUAGCAACUCCCAGGAUGCGGCAAGAGCUAUGGAAGUUUUGAACUUCACUCCCCUCAACAACAAGGCAAUCCGGGUCAUGUAUUCUCAUCGGGACCCAAGCGUCCGAAAGAGUGGAACCGGAAAUAUUUUUAUCAAGAAUCUGGAUAAAUCAAUCGACAACAAAGCACUGCACGACACUUUUUCAAGCUUUGGGAAUAUACUUUCCUGCAAGAUUGCUACUGAUCCUAAUGGCCAAUCAAAGGGCUAUGGAUUUGUCCAAUUUGAAACUGAAGAAGCUGCACAAAAUGCUAUAGAUAAGUUGAAUGGGAUGCUUAUUAAUGAUAAGCAAGUGUAUGUUGGGCAUUUCCUACGUAAGCAGGAGAGAGAAACUGAAAUCAUCAAGACAAAGUUCAAUAAUGUGUUUGUGAAAAAUUUGGCCGAAUCUGCUACUGAUGAUGAUCUGAAGAAAAUUUUUGGUGAAUACGGAACAAUCACCAGUUCCGUGGUGAUGCGAGAUGCUGAUGGAAAGUCAAGAUGUUUUGGAUUUGUCAAUUUUGAAAAUGCUGAUGAUGCUGCUAAAGCUGUUGAAGCUCUAAAUGGGAAGAAAAUUGAUGAAAAAGAGUUGUAUGUGGGGAAAGCCCAGAAGAAGUCUGAGAGGGAGCAAGAUCUGAAAAAUCGUUUUGAGCAGACUACUAGAGAAACUGUUGACAAAUUUCAAGGGCUUAAUUUGUAUGUGAAGAAUUUGGAUGAUAGCAUUGAUGAUGAGAAAUUGAAAGAACUCUUUUCGGAGUUUGGUACUAUUACUUCUUGCAAGGUCAUGCGAGAUCCUAGUGGGAUUAGCAGAGGUUCUGGUUUUGUUGCCUUUUCAACUCCAGAAGAAGCUUCUAGAGCUCUUUCUGAGAUGAACAGCAAAAUGGUGAUAAGCAAGCCACUCUAUGUUGCGCUUGCACAGCGUAAAGAGGAGAGAAAAGCAAGAUUACAGGCUCAGUUUUCCCAGAUGAGGCCUGUUGCCAUGCCAGCAUCAAUUGCUCCUCGUAUGCCUUUGUAUCCUCCUGGUGCUCCGGGUAUUGGUCAGCAGCUAUUCUAUGGGCAACCUCCUGCUAUGAUACCACCCCAGGCUGGAUUUGGCUAUCAGCAGCAGCUGGUACCUGGAAUGCGUCCGGGUGGCCCCUUGCCGAACUUCUUUGUACCGCUAGUCCAGCAGGGUCAGCAGGGCCAGCGUCCUGGUGGAAGACAUGGAGUGGCUGGAGUUCAGCCUGUGCCGCAGCUAAUGCGGUCACAAAUGAUGCCGAGGGGGAGGAUGCAGCGGUACCCUCCCGGUCGUAACAUGCAGGAUGGCCCGAUGCCGGGUAUUGGUGGCGGGAUGCUUUCGGUGCCCUAUGAGAUGGGUGGCACUGCUCCUGCUGCUGUUCCGCAGCCCAUGCCGAUUACUGCUCUUGCCUCUGCUCUCGCUAAUGCAACUCCAGAACAGCAGAGGACGAUGCUGGGAGAGAACCUGUACCCACUGGUUGACCAGCUGGAGCACGAGCACGCUGCAAAAGUGACGGGCAUGCUUCUGGAGAUGGACCAGACAGAAGUUCUGCAUCUGCUGGAAUCACCCGAAGCUCUCAAAGCAAAGGUGGCUGAGGCUAUGGAUGUCCUGAGGAACGUGAACUCCCCUGCCGAUCAGCUUGCCUCCCUCUCCCUGAAUGACAACCUCAUCUCUUGA